GGGAUGCCCCCCCAGCUGACUAUACCAAGGUGAUCACCACCUUCCGUUUCCUGUCGCAGAAGCUCUUCAUCUCAGUGUCGGUGCUCGCGAGCCUGGGCAUCCUGCUGGCCAUCGUCUGCCUGGCCUUUAACAUCUACAACGGGCAUGUCCGUGUCCUCCUGCCCCAAGGCUACCCCCCACCCCCCAGCCUGGGCAUCCUGCUGGCCAUCGUCUGCUUGGCUUUUAACAUCUACAACGGGCACACCCUGGAGCCCUGGAAGCUGUACGCCACCGUGGGGCUACUGGUGGGGCUGGACGUGGUCAUGCUGGCCAUCUGGCAAAUCGUUGACCCGCUGCAUCGCACCAUCGAGGAAUUCACCAAAGAGGAACCGAAAACCGACAUUGACGUCUCGAUCCUGCCCCAGCUGGAGCACUGCAGCUCCACCAAGAUGAACACCUGGCUGGGGAUAUUCUAUGGGUUCAAGGGGCUGCUGCUGCUGCUGGGCAUCUUCCUGGCCUACGAGACCAAGAGCGUCUCCACUGAGAAGAUAAAUGACCACCGAGCUGUGGGCAUGGCCAUCUACAACGUGGCGGUGAGUGAGUGUGCCCCGCUGUGAGCCACUGCCCCUCAAAUCUCAGCAUCACG